AUGUGGUUUCAUUCUUCGUCAUCAAAUCUUUCUGGCCACAGUCUCGGGUUUCUUCGAUCCUGUAAACGAUCCACUCUUUCGAUACUUACACCCUCACGCACUCGAAUUUCAUUUGUUUCUUCUAUUUACCCUCGCCGACUUGGCUUUUACUUUGAUCUCAAGGUUCGAAAAUAUGGGUACCGUUCAAAGCAGAGGGUUGUGCAAGUUACAGCUAUGGCUGAUGAGGAUUUGGGGGGUAUUGCUUCACUUGAUGACUUUGGGAGCAACGAGAGGGCUGUGGAAUACAUGCUUUCAUCCAGUGACGGUGAAGACAGUGAUGGAGAAGGUAUGUUAACUCCUAUAACCGAUGUUGAUUUGCCUACCAAGAGGAAGCAGUUUCGUCCAACUGAUGAUGCUUUAACCGUGACUGCUCACCGCCUUGCAAUGCUUGGGAGAGCACGCAAGAGAAAAAGGAUUAAAUACGGAAUUCUGAACAAUAUUGGACUGAUUACAUUCUUGACAAUGCUUCUUUUACUUGUGGAUUGGUGUGCGUGGCGAAUUGUCAGAUUGCCCUUAGCACCCUUUUAUUUGAUGCGCCCCUUUUCUAUGUCAGCAGUAUUAGCAGCUUGUGCAGGCUAUAUUUGUGUCCCACUACUUCGUAGUUUAAAGCUGCAAUCAAUCAUCAAGAAAAGACCUGCUAGGCAUUCCUCUAAGGAAGGAACCCCCGUCAUGGGUGGAUUGUUUUUCAUUCCAAUUGGUAUAAUCGUUGCAGAGGUGAUAGUUGGUUUUUCUUCAAUUGAAGUUUCUGCAGCAGCAGCUGCAACUCUAGCAUUUGCUGCAAUUGGACUACUUGAUGACUUCUUAAGCCUCAUCAAGGAUCAUCACAAUGGUUUAUCUGCUUGGAUGAGAAUUUUUUUGGAGGUGGCUGUUGGGACGUGGUUCUCAUUUUGGUUAUAUUCCACAGAUAUAUCAUCACCCUACAGCAUGUAUACCUUCUCGUAA